GCAUAUGCUUCUAUCUAUAAGUUUUCUCACCUCUCAGCAGUGUGAAGGUUCGCUCCUGGAUUUUUCCUUUUCCUGCCGAAAUGAGCAUCCUUCAAAGCAGUUUUACGAGAGCAAUUAAAGCCAUAUCCUUCAGCAUUAACCAAACAGUUCGGCCCUUCGGUGUAACGCCUAUAACUCAAGUGAAAGAGAUAAUAAAGACCCAGGAUGAAAAAAACACCAUUACGAUUGAAGGACAGUUCGUGAAAUCUCCUCGGAGUAAGUUUCUCCUGAAGGAAUACAGCGAGAUCAAGCAGUCAAAGAAGAAAUUCUGCCCCAAAUGCUCCCUGGGAUUGGAUGUGAAGCACACGGACGUGCUGAUCCUGAGCCAGUACGUGCGAUCUGAUGGCUGCAUGCUGCCCAGGAGGGUGACAGGACUCUGCCCUAGGCAGCAAAAGAAGAUGUCGAUCCUUGUGGCAAUGGCGCAGAAAGCCGGCUUGAUGAGCAACUUGACACCGGCAACAAGUAGAAAGGAUCCCAAACUUCGGCGUGAAUGGAGAAAGUUCAACAUUUACUUCGUUGAGGAGAAAACCAAGGAGAUCAGGAGAUUGAGGUGUUAGUUAGUUGCGAGUAAAAAAUAUAUUAGAAUCAUAUUCGA